GUGGUUGCCCAUAUUUUUUUUUCGCUAGAACAAAAACACCUACCGAAAAUAACAAAUUGAAAUUAAUUGAAAAAUAAGUGAUCAAUUAUCCAAGCGAUUUAAUUAAACUUUUAUGGUAAUUUGAAUCGUUUCUAAGUGGUGUAAGAAAAUUCGAACCAUUUAACGAUAUUUAACAUUCUCCAUUUCUGUUAUUCGAUUCAGUGUACGUUUAACAGCCACCCGUAUACGUUUCUACAAUAGACACAACCAUAAAGAUAUGGCCAUUAAAAUACUGAAGUCAGUUCGUGGAAUAAUAUUAUUUCUGAAAGUCUGCGGUCUCUGGCCCAAUCACAAUCGACAUUACGUUCUAUACAUGAUCUAUGCCGUGACUUUUCAAUUUAUUUUCACCUUUUGUUACGUUGUCUGCAAAUUCACAAUAUUUUUCUAUCUAACCGAAGUGCAUCUCAUAACAAAAACUCUGUUUCUUUGGCUGGGUGAAGCCGCUUUUGUUAUCAAAGUCUUCAAUUUCCAUUACCAUAAUAAGGAACUUCAACAACUGCUGGCCAGCAUCAAAACCUUUCAAAUCAGAAAUGAAAUGGAAAAUGAUUUACUGAAAAGGCGUCAACUGAUGUUUAACAAAAUUGCAUUGUGCUAUGUCGGAUGCGCCGGUGUAGCAGUGUUUUUUUCACUUGUUUCACCACUAUUUUCAUCGGAACGAACACUACCGUUGGCAAAAUGAUAUAAUAUGCAUUUCGAAAGGUAAAAUACGAGUGAAUGUUCUCAUGAUUUUAGUUAUCCAUCGUGGUACCCGGUGGACUGGCAUAACAACACAUUUAAUUAUUGUCUGCUGUAUGCGUACCAAGUGAUCGGAAUAUUCUUUAUGGCAUUCGCAAUUAUUUUGUUGGAAACAUUUGCCGUUUAUUUGAUGAUAAUGAUGUCCGUGCAUACGGACAUACUAGCUAUGCGGUUGAAGAGAUUGGGCGUGCAUGCAACUGAAAUUGAUGAUAAGAUUAUCGAAACGGAUCACCGAAAUUAUUUGAAUUUAAUUGAAUGCUUUCAAAUGCACUCUACUAGUUCCAGCCUACAAAAAUCAUUCGAAAAUGUAUUUUCAAUUCCAUUUUUUAUUCAAUUUCUUGUGAGCGGUGCUAUUUUAUGUGUGACCGUUUUCCAAAUAGUUAUGAUGAAUCCAGCCAAUGAGAUAGUAAAUUUUGUUUUCUAUUUGAGUUAUUUCAUGACACUAUCCACGGAAAUAUUUCUACCUUGCUACUUCGGCACGGAACAAUUGCUGAAAAAUGCCCAACUAACUACCGCCAUAUACUCGUCGAAUUGGAUCGGUAGGCCGAUUUAUUACCAGAAAAUGAUUCCCAUUUUUAUGGAAUACACCAAAGAUCCCAGAUAUUUGAUAGCUGGCAAACUGUUCAAUUUAUCGCUGAGUAACUUUUUACUGGUUCUGAAUCGAAUGUACAACAUGUAUGCGGUUUUGAUGAAUGUCUUUGAUUGAAUUUGGUUACAAAAUUAUUCAGUUGUUUGCAUAGUUGUUUGGAGUAGAGUGUAGAAUGGUCUUUGAGAUUAUUUUAAAAUAGUUACUGAUUUUAGCAUAUCAGCAAACAAGUAAAUAAC